AUGGCCGACAUCUCACAAGUUAGACUAACCGCCAAACUGGUGGUCCUUAGCUGUUGCCAUACCGCACGUGGACAGAUCAAAACAGAAGGCGUUGUUGGAAUCGCUCGAGCAUUCUUAGGAUCGGGUGCACGCUCAGUAAUGGUGGCAUUGUGGGCCUUACAAGACGAUGCAACAGAGCAGUUCAUGAGAAGAUUCUACGAAAACCUUGUCCAAGGAGAAAGUGCAAGUGAAUGUCUUCACCGGGCCAUGAAGUGGAUGCGAAAUAACGGUUUCUCUGAAGUGAGGCAGUGGGCACCUUUCAUGCUGAUUGGGGAUGACGUGUCAUUCCACUUUGGUGAAGAAUUAAAAGUAAAGUGA